AUGGCCGAUUUCUGCCACAGGUACACCAACGACGAGCCAGCCGAAGGAUGUAGAAACCUGACCAUCUCAUGUCUCGUGGGUCCCGACGACAGCCUCACGGUGGAGUGCAGCUUCGAGUUCCAGGUGGUGGCCAACAAGACGACGACGACCGCCGCACGCGCACGCCAGCUGUCCCAGGAGCAGGACAUGGUGGUGCCGCCGCCCAGCAUCUCCUGGCACCUCGAGCGGCUGCUGGAGACCGGCGUGGGGUCGGACGUCACCUUCUCCGUGGAGGACGGCGAGUUCCACGCGCACACGCUGGUGGUCAACGAGCGGGCGCCGGCCCUACUGUCGAAGACAUGGGCGGAGGUGGUGAAGAGCAAGAAGGGCAAGAAGAAGAAGGACAGGAAGAUGAUGAUAUGGAUCGAGGGCAUCAAGGCCGUCGUCUUCAAGGCCCUGCUCCACUUCGUCUACACGGACGAGCUGCCGCCGAUGGACGACCUAGUGCGCGCGCCGCCGGAGCCGCUGGUGGAGAGGAUGCUGCCCCUGUGCGAGAACCUGCUGUGCGAGGCGAUCAUGCCGGAGAACGCCGCGGGCACGCUGGAGCUGGCGAGGCGCCACGGCCGCCCCGAGCUCCGGGCUUUCUGCCUCGACUACAUGACGUCGCCGGGCGUGUUCAAGGCGGUGGUGGCCAGCGAGGGCUACCAGGCUCUCCCCGCCGACGCUCUCCGGGACAUCAUCACCCAAGUAGCACAUUAG